GAGUUGGUGACACAGUUUUCUUCUGUACCCUCUGUUUUCGUAUUUGUUGCAGUCAAGAUAGCUUCUACACCAUACGUGGGAAUCGAAGAGCGUGUGGUGGUCAGGCCCAUGAAAUAUUUCAAAGGGUUCUAUCGAUGCGUGAUUAGAUUUGGAUUCAUGGAUAAAGUUAAAAUUGAUAAUAAGUUAGUUGCCUCAAUUUUAGAAGAAGUGGGUAUUCAAGACCCCGAAUAUUUUUAUUCAGCGACCGGAACCCCUCCUAUAAUGCCUUUGAAUGUUUUUCCCAGAGAACACAUCAGGGGGAAAAAAAAGUUUACGAGUUUUGAAUUAAAAACUGAUUUUUUUACAAAAGCUUUGCCAGGAAUACUCACUGAAAAGGUCAGAUCUUUCAUUGUAGAGAGAUAUUUUGUUCCUCUCUUCAGCAUACAAACAGUGCCAUCGUCUCUUGUUGCCAUUGAAUGCAAUGAACGUAUCAUGUAUGUUGGAAGUGACAUUGAAAUAUAA